AUGCAGCGGACGCGAGGGGGAGAAGGACUAAAUCCCAACUUCGUGGUGAUCACGAGCACUUGCCCAAGGACUAUCCCACUAUGCUUCGCUUACAUUACUGGACACCUCAAAGUCGUCAAAUCUCUUUUCGACACUGAUGGAAACUGCCACUUCAAAUUGCGUGACGUUCGACAACUCUUGAAAGAAGCGCAGGAUGAGAUUGAAGUCCUGAGCCGAGAUAAUAAUAAUAGCACGUCAAAACGAAAAUGCGCAGACUUUUCCCUGGCCAAAUCAGCCAAUGAUGACCUAGUAGCCUUGCGGACGCGGGUUGGUACUCUGGAGCACCAACUGGACGAUACUGAGGGCAUUUUGACUGCGACGAAGAGCCAACUUCAAAGCCACUCGCAAUCAUGCGACGAAGUCAGCGUCCAACUCGAUGCCUCGCGCGAAUCCGAGUCAAGUCUGAAGCACAAGAUUCAGUUGUUAACUGAAUAUGAGGCCGAGGUCAUGCAGCUUCGAAUCACCAAGGCUGAAAAUGCUUGCAUUCCUUCUCUUCGAGUUCGAAUCGAAGAGCUUCUUGAUCUUGGUCGUCUUCGGGGAGUCGAACUGCAAUUUGCUCCAGCAAAUGGACAGAUAGCCAACCUCGAUGACCUGGUGAAGGCGCUCCAGACUAGUUUAUUAUUGGGACAGGAGAAGGCGAAACAGUGCACUACGUUGAAGGAAAGUGAAGCCGAAAAGUUAGUGGCUCAGGUUGAGAGCACCACCAUUGCAAAUCAGGAGAGGUUCCUGUCAAAAUCCGCAUCGAUCCCGAGGGUGAUACUCAAUGGAGCAUUGCAGUUAUUGGAACAAGAGAUCCAGCAGCAAGCGGCUGAACUGGCAUGCAAAGAAAAAGAGUAUGUUGUGUACCAAAACACCAUCUUGCAGUCGAAGACGGAAGUCGACCGCAAAGAAGAGAUCAUAGCAAGUUUCAGUCAUGAGAUUGACAAAGCGGCCAAAGCAAUGUUAAAGGUCGAAAGCGAACUAGCCUCUGUCCAAUCCAAACCAGCUGAUGCUGAGAAAUUGUCGGCUGUCACUGCUGCAAAGUUGGAUUCCGCUGAUUUGACGAUCAGCGAUCUACGAGAGCAACAUACUGGUCUCAAGGCUCAGAAUGCUUCACUGGCAUCAGAACUGACGUCCGAAACAAACUCGGCUCUUCGCUCAAUAGCCGUUGCAAAAGAUGAGAUUAAAGAGAAGCUGGUGGAACGCAACUCAGCGCACCGAUAUCGCUCGAUUGACAAGUCAGCUAGAAGAUACAAAAGCGAAGCAGAGCGUGCUGUUGUGAAGGACGUGAUGGAGACCUGUCAGCGUUCCCUGAAGCAACAGCUAGUCGCCAAAUGGAACGACAUUUGCCGUACUGAGAUAGUCGUUCCCAAUGUCCAACAUCCUUUUUCUGGGUGGCUUGACGACUUGAGCUUGGGCCUUGGCGUCUGCUGCUUCGUCAUAGUCGACUUCCAAGUGAAGGCAACGACACGGAGCCCUUUUCCGCCUGCGCCAAGACCCGAUGGCAAAGCCGCGUUCGAUGUUCGGGCGAUGGCAGGAAGCGUGUGA